AUGGUAAUGGAUGUAAUGAAUGCUGACACUCUAAUUCCCUUUGAGUGUGCCCACCUUUUACCAUGGCACAUGGCACACUUCUUCAUUUGGACUGUUGAAGACAACGGGGCGGACGCGGUGCCGCCGCCCAGGCAUGGAGCGCCCCGCCAGCCCGGCCGCCGCCCCAGCCCGCCGCCCGGUUCGCCCCCGCGCUCCGCGCUCGCCCGGCACGAGCCCCAGCCGCUCCGGCGCGAUGGAGGCGCGGCCAGCAGGCGUCUGAAACGACGAGCGGACGCGCAGCCCCCGGCGGCCGGCCGGGCCGGCGGCAACGCCUCGCUGGAGCUCUCGUCGCGACCCCCCGCGCCCGCCGCCCUGAAUCCCUGGGAUGUGAUGCUCUGCGUGUCCGGCACCGCCAUCGCCUGCGAGAACGCCCUGGUGGUUGCCAUCAUCUGCUACUCGCCCGCCCUGCGCACCCCCAUGUUCGUGCUGGUGGGCAGCCUGGCCACGGCUGACCUCCUGGCCGGUCUCGGCCUCAUCCUCAACUUCGUUUUCCAGUACGUGAUCCGCUCGGAGACGAUCAGCCUGCUGACGGUGGGCUUCCUCGUGGCCUCCUUCGCCGCCUCCGUGAGUAGCUUGCUGGCUAUCACGGUCGAUCGCUACCUCUCCCUCUACAAUGCCCUCACCUACUACUCGGAGAGGACGGUGCUCUGCAUUCACACCAUGCUGGCGGGUGCCUGGGGGGUCUCCCUCUGCCUGGGGCUGCUGCCCGUCCUGGGCUGGAACUGCCUCCACGACCGUGCCGCCUGCAGCGUCGUCAGACCCUUGACCAAGAGUAACGUGACGCUGCUGUCUGCCUCUUUCUUUCUCAUUUUCCUCAUCAUGCUCCAUCUCUACAUCGAGAUCUGCAAGAUCGUCUGCAGGCAUGCCCACCAGAUAGCUCUCCAGCAGCACUUUCUGACUGCUUCCCACUAUGUCGCCACCAAAAAAGGAGUCGCUACCCUGGCUAUAAUCCUCGGGACUUUCGGAGCCAGCUGGCUGCCUUUUGCCAUCUACUGCGUGGUGGGGGAUCCUGACUACCCUUCUGUGUACACGUAUGCCACGCUUCUACCCGCUACCUACAAUUCCAUGAUCAACCCCAUCAUUUAUGCCUACAGAAACCAGGAAAUCCAGAGGUCCAUGUGGGUGCUCCUCUGCGGCUGCUUUCAGACUAAAGUGUCCUUUCGUUCCCGGUCCCCCAGCGAUGUCUGAGUGACUUUUCUCUGCCGCACUGCACAGAGUGACAAUCUCCCGAGUGGACUAUUACAGUGCCUGUUCUAAACUUCAAACUACAUUGUGAAAUCAUUGGAAACAUGCUUAAGUAUUAGCACUUUAUACAUAUUUGUAUCUCUGAGAGUGGUUCAGGGUGUGGAGUUUUGGGUUCCAUCAAAAUAAUAACAAUGUGGUUGUAUAUAAAUCUGCACAUCACAUUUGUGAAGUGAAGACAGUCUGGUACCGCUUAAUUAUAGCACCUUAUUUCUAGCUGCUCACCUGCCAAAACAGUGUUGCCUUUCGGAAGGGCAGAUAGAAAGAAAGUUGUGUUUGUGUUGUAUUUAUA